UGGAGAGCUCCUAAGAGUGGAUAUAAACAUCUCAGACUGGGGGACUAACGUCACAGCACUGGAUGGAGAAAACAACACCGGAAGCCCACUUUGUAGCAUCAUGUUCUGUACAGUGAUUUUUCUUUCCCCCAUCAUUGCCCUGGUUGGUGUGGCAGGAAAUGCCAUAGUGCUGUGGUUUCUGGUCUUCCACAUGCGCAGGAACGCCUUCUCUGUCUACAUCCUCAACCUGGCUGGGGCCGACUUCCUCUUCCUCUGCUUUCAAAUUGUGCAUUGCCUUCAUAUUAUCUUGGACAUCUUCUACUUCAAGACCAUUGACACUCCUCUGCUUUCUUUCGUGCUUUUAAACUUUACUUAUCUUUGUGGGCUGAGCAUGCUCAGUGCCAUUAGCACUGAACGAAGUCUGUCCGUCAUGUGGCCCAUCUGGUAUCGCUGCCAGCGCCCAAGGCACACAUCCGCUGUCAUAUGUACCCUGCUUUGGAUCUUGUCACUGCUGUUGAGCCUCGUGGAAGGGAAUGAAUGUGGCUUCCUAUAUGAUAGUGUUGGCCAUGGUUGGUGUCAGACAUUUGAUUUCAUCACUACUGCAUGGUUAAUUUUUUUAUUUGUAGUUCUCUUGGGGUCCAGUCUGGCCUUACUGGUUACUAUCUUUUGUGGUUCACACAGGAUUCCUGUGACCAGGCUGUAUGUGACCAUUGUGUGUACAGUGCUGGUCUUCCUGCUCUUUGGUCUGCCCUAUGGGAUCUACCGGUUUCUCUUAGAAUGGAUUGAAAAUUUUAAUUACGUUGUGCUUUAUGAUUUUUAUUCAGUGACAAUAUUUCUCUCCUGUGUUAACAGCUGUGCCAACCCCAUCAUUUACUUCCUUGUUGGCUCCAUUAGGCAUCGUAAGUUCCAGUGGAGGACUCUCAAGCUACUUCUGCAGAGAGCCAUGCAGGACACCCCUGAAGAGGAAGAAUGUGGAGAAGGGGCUUCUUCAGGACGAGCUAGAGAAAUGAAAACAGUCUAACAGAUCCUGAGAUCUGUUUGGAUCAGGCAGAAGUAGCACUGAGAAACAACGUUGUCCUUAUUAGUUUGUGGCAUUUUCAUAACCAUAUUUAAUUGACGAACCAAGGUUAAAUCAGUUGGGAAAGUCGUCAAUCUUGUGGAAGUUGAUUGAUGCUGUAUUUGUUAUACAAACACUGGCUGCAGCAUUUCUGGAGCUGUCUUCCUCAGGGCUUCAUCAUCUCCUUUUGGUGGGACUCCUUGGAAGCUUUCUGGGGUUCAGGAGAUCUUUUGACCACUAUUGACAAAUCCCCCCUUCAGCAGAAGGGUCAAGGAAAUUUACUAAAGCGAUUUAUUUCGUUAGUCAUUGAACAUGAUAGUGGUUGAAUCCCUGAUAUAUUUGCAACAAUUUCAUUUCCUGUUUUUUUAGCUUAAAAAUUAAGCUUUUUAUUUUUAAGGUACAUUUUAGUAAACAAAACACAAGAAUCCAAGAACGAAGCCACUCAGUAACAAGCAGCUUAUCUUGAUGUGUCCUAGAUCCUGCAAAUGUGCAUACAUAUAGGCAAUUUAGAUUAUACAGUGUGUACCACACCUUCCCCCACAUUAUAAAUAUUUACCAACUAAUAACCCAUGAGUAUUUUGAUAACCAAGAAUGCACCACACUGUCUCAAUUUGUCAGACAAAAUUGUAAUCCUAUCUUCUUUGGAAACAAAAAUUUCAUAGAAGAUAAAAAUGGCAUCAGGCCUCUGUAUAGUAUUGGUGAAACUCUGCAUUCCCUCAAUAUUCAGCUUACAAGGAAACACGAGCAACAGACCUCACUAAGUACAGUAUUUCUAAGUUAUAUGCAGAUCUAUAUACUAAGAUAUGAGGAAGAAGGUGUGCUCCUGCUUAAUAAAUGUAUUCCUAUGGAAUAGUUGGAAGAUGCACCUAUUGUAGCCCAAAUCUAAUUGGUCUUAAUAAUAAAAACCCAGAUAUCGGAGUGAAAGCUGA